AGUUGGCGUAGGGACUUUGAGGAGCAUCACUGGCUUGAGUUUAUUUGAACAGUUCACAGCGCUAUUUUUUCACGUGAAACUGCAGUUUCAUCUCACAUUUUUCUGCAAGGUGCGAGAUGGAUUUAUGACAGCUGCGAGGAACUGUGCAGGAAACAUCCUCUGAUCCGUUAUUUGACGCCCGUACCAUAGCUCUAAGAUGGACUUUACACGGACAUCUAUCCUGAAGUUCAUAGAUUUUCAGUCGAUGCUAGAGGGAGAUUAAUCUGACACGUGCGCAGCAUCCUCAUCAGGUUAUGAUUUUCUCAGGGAAUGUCUGACAUGGAAAGGAUACUAUCCGUCCCCGCGAGAGUCAUGAUUUUGCAAAUACUGGCAGUGAUUCUCUUAAAAGGUGUGUUGACAUCCGAGAACACCCACGGAGGUCUCCCAGACUCCGACAGGGUGUCCGGCUCCGGAGGACCAGCAGGCUCACAUCUGGCUCAGGCAACAGGAGCAAAGUCUAGACCCAAGCGCUGCACUUGUUACUCCUACAAGGAUAAAGAGUGCGUCUACUACUGUCACCUGGACAUCAUCUGGAUCAACACUCCCGAGCGCACAGUGCCUUAUGGAAUAUCGAGCUACAGGGGAACACAGCGAAUCAGACGUGAUGCUGGCACACAAGCACCUGCAAGUGAGGGAGCCCAGCGCUGCAUCUGUGCUACACCAGACUCAGAUUCUGAGUGCAAAAACUUUUGUCUGUCAAGCCAUCUCCAGAACGUGCCUGUUAGGAGUCUCCACAGAGUCCCUGGUCCUGGAUGACAGCUUGACUCUCCUCCAUCUUUUGCUGCUGUCCUUGCAGGGAAUGGAUCCUUUCCUCUUCCAGCCCUUCACUCUCUGUUUGGCAUCCUUGCCUCCACAGGCACACUCAUGUUUAAGGAAAGAGUUAGGGAGCUUGACACUGUCGACAUUCCUCAGCAUCAUAACUCUUGGAGCAAGUUCCAUCAGGCCGAGUGAUUUCAAGAACUCUUCUGAAAAUUUGAUGCAGAUCCCUGGAGGCCAUCCGCUCAUUUCUCGUUCCCCACUGAGAGCAGCAUGAGGAUUACUCUUGCCAUAAAAGUAGUAGCCAUUGACCUCUGUCAAGCUUGAUCAGACAAACCCUUCAUCCUAACAGAUGGUUGUGGACUACCUUUGACUCUCCCUCUUGAAACAAUGAGAUCAGCUUAUAUCAGUCUGCAAAGGACAGCAAAGACAUUUCAAAAGUUGGAAACCUAUAAGUACCAUUAAGCUAUGAUGAUGGAUGAAAACUGUGGUGUAUUGACUUCUUAAGUAGCAAAACAUAGCAAUAAAAGAGGGGAAGCAUUUCACCACCACUUCUAUGGAGGCAUAUUAUUGAUCUUUUGUUUCUGAGACAAUUUACAAUCGAUCUGGAAAACAUUCAUAACCUUUUUGCAUAUUUUGUUCAUAUCACUUCUCAAAGAUGUAUGUUUACCAUUUGUGCUCUUUGUAAUCCAUCAAACAGUCAAGCUCAUUGAUCUUUUACCUCACCGCCACUGACUUAGAUCUGCUUUAUAGAAACUGUGUACCACAUUUAUAAUAGACCAUCUCUCACAAAACAGUCUGAAAACUCAGAUGGUUCUGUAAACUGUGUAUGUGUGCAUGUGUGAGUGACUACAGAAAUUAUUAGAUGUUGGACUGAGUGCCAUGGAAUUGUCGGGGGCAUGCAUGGAGAGUAAUCAGACACUGUUUUGGUCUUGGUAUUUAUUGGAUGUAUUCACAAUAUGAAAAAAGGAGUAAUGCCAGCUGAUUCUAUGUCAGCGAAUGAAUUGACAGAGAAACAGUUUUGCAAAUUACAUCUGCCCAGUCAGUUUAAUAGGAUGCAGAAUAAAAUUGAAAUCAUGUUGCCAAAGGCCUUAACUGACUAUGGUAACAGUGCGACCAAUUCCAUGAAUCUUUGCUACUUAAAUUAUAACACAACAUGCAAUAAUCUGUAACACUUUAGUGAUUGUGUCACCUGCUGCUGGGUAAUCUCACCGACCAGUGUUUGAACCUUUUCAGUUUCUCUUGGCCUCCAUCCCUCCAUCUCACUAUCCUCCUUAUUAAUGACUCUUUUGACUGCUGCUUAACUAAAUAUAUUUAGGUAUUUAUCAUAUAAAGAUGUUGACACCUUAUAUAAUGUUUCACUUUA